AUGGCCAGUCCUCAUCUCUCUCUUUUGGAGAAUUCUUUGAAGCAACAACUGAUCCCCAUCUUUGCCAAUCUAAGUGAGGAUAUACUUGACAUUUGUGUCCGUGACCCGAGUAACCUCUCCGACCUCCAGCUGUGUAUUGAUGAUCUAUUGGAACUACGUACCUAUUCACAACAUUUGGCAAAAUCCACUACACACUCACCUGAAAACUGGCCAAGACGAGAUCCAGUGGUUGUCGAUUCUGAUGAUGAUGUGGACCUUGUCGGUGCUCUGAUAAGUGCUGAGAGUGAAGAGGUGCAGAUUACUCAGCAAUUUCCAGCCACGCGCAGCCUGGACAAAGAUUGUCUUGUGACAGAUGUUGAUACAUCUGGUACAAAAAAGGGCUCUUCCGUGAAAAUUUGUGAGGCAAAAUUCAAAUCGCCCAGUUUUACUUCCCCUCAGAAAGUCAACCUGCUGGAUUCUAUUGAGUUUGACAGUGAUCUUCCACGUUUUUCUCCUAUCAGUAAAGAAAAAUCGAAAUCUCCAACUGCCCAUACGCUUACAACUGAGAAUGACAUAAUCUCCUCAAGAGUCAGAACCAGUACUUCUAUCUUGGACAUGGGACAUACAGCAGUGGUGCACCAGUGGUGCCAAAACCCUGUGAAAUCCCUCUUCACUUCACCUUCCAGACAAAAGUGUCAUUUAGGAUCAGAACCGUUAGUGAGUAUUAAAGCCUGUGACCCUGACACUGUACCAGGUAAAGAUGACAUGAAGCCUAAAUCUGCUCCUAAAUCUGCUGUCUCAGGGAUACUGUCACCAGCAAAGCUAAAAUUACCUGCAUCUUCAUUGAAUCAGAAAUCAGCUGCCUCAAACUCGCACAAGUAUAGGUUCAAUCCAGAUUCAUUUCAGUCUAGCUCUGUUCCAGUUAUACGUCCCUCUGUAUUCAACCCAGAUAGGAAAGAAUCAUUUACAUCCAGCGACAAUCCACACAGUGUAUCUACUGACAGAGCUCUUCCAGCUGCAACAGCUGACAGUGUAUUACCAACUAAAACAGCAGGUACAUCACAAGAAACAAAGCCAAAAAAAAUCAAAUUUAAGAAAUCCCUCAUCCUGCCUGGAGACCAGUCAUCAGCUCCCACAGCAACUUCAGGUGAUAGAAUACCAGAGAAGUUUCAGGUAUCUCAAUCCAAAGUGGGUAGACAAGAAGAUAAGGAUUUUCUGCAAUCAAAUCUUUCUCAUCUUAAAGAUCAAAAUGGAUCUUUAUCAUCAGCUAAUAAAAAGAAAAAUGUGUUAUCAACAUCAAAUGGACACCUUAGUAAUAUUCAAUCAAAUACACAGGACAAUGGAUUGUUAGCUACAACAUCAGAUUUAGAUAUGUCACAAUUUGUGUAUGUAAAAGGACAAGAAACUGCGAUGGAAGCUGGUGCCUGUAACCAGCCUAGACUUCAGUCACAGCCUUCAUCAAAUGAUAACCACGGACAUACCAUAAUACUACAAAAGAAUUCACAUGAAGAACCCUUGAUUCAGAGGCCUGUGGCAACAUCAAAAUGGACUGAUACCCAUACACCUAAACCAUUACAAACUGCCAGUGGACUGCAGACUUCAAACAAUAGGCCACAGCUACAGACAGGUUUGUCACAAUCCUUGACUUUAAACAAGAAUCAGACACUGCCUCAGCAGCCACAAAAUUUAGCCAUCAGUAGGCCACUGGCCCCAACAUCAACUGUGAUACAAGCUGAAGAUGCUGGAAAAAUGGCCUCAAAUACAUCACAGAAUUCCACUGUCUUAAAUUGUCUUGCUUCACAAUCUACAGAUCCCAGUAGACACCAUUCCAAAUCUAAUGUACAACAGACUUCAACCAUUACCUCAAAUGUGAAUCAACUGAACAGUUCUAGUGUGAGACAAGAUGCACACAUUUUGUCUUUGAAUAAGCCUCAGUCAAUGCCAAGUAGACAGCAAACUGUUAUCUCUACUUCAAAGGCAGAGGCCCCAUCUAUAGCAAAGCUGUCAUCAACAUUAGAUAUAUUAACAAAUGAAGACAUUGUAGCCUCAGCAUCCGGGGACUUCAAGACACAAUCAGUUAAAAGCAACCAGACUGCCCCGUCAGUCCAUCAAAAUACUGCUGCUCCUGGUGCAAACAACUCUAAAGCAGAAGCUCGCUUGGUUACAGCAAGUGUUGAUACCCACACUGUAACCAGUCCAGCUCGUGGAGAGAAAAUCCAAGCGCUUCCUACAACUCCGAUUCAAGCCACAAAAUCAAGGCCAGAUUGUUUGGUUGAUGAUGUGCUGGCACUGUUUGGAGAUGCUGACCCGACCUAUGUCAGGAAAAUGAUUGAAAUGGAGCUUCUCACACAGCGCCUGGACCAUGAGAUUGUCAACAAUCUUUGUAAUCUGUUGUUAGAGAACCACGCCUACCCUCGGGCUAAACCCUCUGCUACAGUCACCAGUACAGAAGUCAAAAAUACACAGGUAAUUGAUGAUGUUGACUACUAUGAAGUUUACAAGAAGAAUGAGAGAAGGACAGGUUUAUAUUAUCGUCAAACAGAGAAGCUUCUCAUGCAUCACUUUAUAUGGAUAUCAGCACAUUGUGUUCGACAUGUAUUGAGGUGGUACAAUGGACAGUAUGCUCCUACACAUCAGGUCCUUAGUCAAGUAAUGAAACAGCGGAAGGAGGACAUCAAAAAGGUCAAAGGAGAUGUUCAGUAUUGUCUGAAAACACAUUCCUUACAUGCUGGAGCUGUCAUCGACAUCAUUGUUACUGUUUAUGGUAAAGAGCGGCCAUUGUCUGUCAUGCUGUUGAAGAACUGGCGUAAAACUUCACCUCCAAUGAUGUGUGAUCUUGAUCCAUACCUUCAACGUGAAAUCAGCUUCAUCAGACAAAAACAAUUAGAUGAAUUUGAGGAGGCAGACCGUCAGAUGGCUCUGAUGCUGAAUGAGACGGAAUAUGAGGAAAGCGGACAGCUGAUAGAGUGUGGAUGUUGUUAUGGUGAAGUGCCAUUUGAUAACAUGAUACAGUGUUAUGAAGGACACCUUUUCUGUGAGGACUGCCUACAAAGAUAUGCGAAAGAGGCCGUGUUCGGGGCUGGAAAGGCAGAUCUACAGUGUAUGACAGAUGGAUGUGAUGCCUCUUUUCCUGUCACACAGUUAAGUAAGGCUUUGCCCAGUAAUAUUUUAAGCAAGUAUGAAGACCGUGUCCAGGAGGAGAAUCUUAACUUGGCUGACCUUCCUGACCUCGUCAGAUGUCCAUACUGUGACUUCGCAGCCAUGUUAGAUCCAGGCUACCCAGUGUUUCAGUGUGCCAAUCCUACUUGUGAGAAGGAAACAUGUCGCCAUUGUCAGGAGCCCUGGGCAGAUCACAUAGGAAAGACUUGUGAUCAGGUGGAGAAGAAGGAUGAGGUGAAACUGCGUGUUCAGUUUGAGGAAAAGAUGACCAUGGCAAAAAUAAGAACCUGUAUCAAAUGUAAAACCAAAUUCACCAAGUCUGAAGGUUGUAACAAGAUGACAUGUCGCUGUGGUUCUAAGAUGUGCUACAUUUGCCGAAAGCCUAAUAUUGACUACAACCACUUCUGUCAGCAUGUUAGAGAACCAGGCAAAGGCUGUGACAAGUGUACUGCAUGUUUCCUGUGGAGUACAGGGGAGGAGGAUGACAAAAGGGCAAUAGAGGAAAUAAGGAAGGAGGCAGAGGAGGCCAGAAAAGCACAAGGUUUUGGUGACAGCAAAUUGAUAGGAGCUCCUGACGAACCACCCACAAAGAAAGUCCGAGUAUGAUUAACACAGAAUGAUAAACACAAUCAACAAAGAAAGUCCGAGUAUGAUUAACACAGAAUGAUAAACACAAUCAACAAAGAAAGUCCGAGUAUGAUUAACACAGAAAGUCCGAGUAUGAUUAACACAGAAUGAUAAACACAAUCAACACAGAAAGUCUGAGUAUGAUUAACACAGAAUGAUAAACACAAUCAACAAAGAAAGUCCGAGUAUGAUUAACACAGAAUGAUAAACACAAUCAACAAAGAAAGUCCGAGUAUGAUUAACACAGAAUGAUAAACACAGUCAACAAAGUCCGAGUAUGAUUAACACAGAAUGAUAAACACAGUCAACAAAGAAAGUCCGAGUAUGAUUAACACAGAACGAUAAACACAAUCAACAAAGAAAGUCCGAGUAUGAUUAACACAGAAUGAUAAACACAAUCAACAAAGAAAGUCCGAGUAUGAUUAACACAGAAUGAUAAACACAAUCAACAAAGAAAGUCUGAGUAUGAUUAACACAGAAUGAUAAACACAAUCAACAAAGAAAGUCCGAGUAUGAUUAACACAGAAAGUCCGAGUAUGAUUAACACAGAAAGUCUGAGUAUGAUUAACACAGAAUGAUAAACACAAUCAACAAAGAAAGUCCGAGUAUGAUUAACACAGAACGAUAAACACAAUCAACAAAGUCCGAGUAUGAUUAACACAGAAUGAUAAACACAAUCAACAAAGUCCGAGUAUGAUUAACACAGAAUGAUAAACACAAUCAACAAAGAAAGUCCGAGUAUGAUUAACACAGAAUGAUAAACACAAUCAACAAAGAAAGUCCGAGUAUGAUUAACACAGAAUGAUAAACACAGUCAACAAAGUCCGAGUAUGAUUAACACAGAAUGAUAAACACAGUCAACAAAGAAAGUCCGAGUAUGAUUAACACAGAACGAUAAACACAAUCAACAAAGAAAGUCCGAGUAUGAUUAACACAGAAAG